AAUUGCCGGCCGACGUUGCGCGAAUAAAGGCCAUAGUCUAUUUCUGACUGGGGCUUAUUUAUACCGCGUGAGGCUGCCUUCAGUCCUCUUUGUCUCCAUGGUGGGUUGAUGCUCUUUAUCUUUUAUUUCGCCUGUUGCUCGUUGAUUUCCGGCCAGCGUCGCGUCGUCGCCGUGUUUUUGCGCCGUGAUGAUGACAGGUGAUCUCAGGAUGACGCCUUUCUCUGUGGUCGCUCGAUGCGAAAGGUGUAUAAGGGAGGUUUCUGCCUUUGUUUUCACAUUGUUUAUUUAAUAGACAUCACCCGGAUCACCCCAGACUGAGAAUGAGAAGCGGUCCCCCUUCUGAAAGUCGGUAUUAUUAAUGGACAAUAAUUAAUCCUUAGGGGGGAUGCUAAUUGGUUAAGGGGUUUAAAGCCACGCACCGACUCGCUGAAUUUUGUGAUGCCCUAUUUUCGCUGGUAGCACGCGGCGGCUCGUUGUGCAGGUUCAGUAGUUUACCGGCAGAUUACAGGGAGGCGGAGGAGGUCUGUGUGGCUGCAGAGAAAAAUGGUGUUUCGGAGUGAGGAGAUGUGCUUGGCGCAAUUGUUUCUGCAGUCCGGCUCUGAAUAUGACUGCAUCAGUGAGCUGGGGGAGCUGGGGCUGGUCGAGUUCAGAGAUCUCAACCCAAGUGUCAGCUCAUUCCAGCGGCGCUUCGUCAGCGAAAUCAAGAGAUGUGAGGAGAUGGAGAGAAUUCUGGGCUAUCUUCUGAGGGAGAUUCAAAAAGCUAAAAUAGCUGUUCCUGAGGAGGAUGAGAGUCCACUCGCUCCUCCUCCAAGACAAGUCCUGGAGAUCAUGGAGCAGCUCCAGAGGCUGGAGAUGGAGCUCAGCGAGGUGGCUCGAAACAAAGAGAAGCUGCAGAGGAACCUCUUGGAACUCACUGAGUACACACACAUGCUGAAAAUCACACGGACCUUCAUACACAGCCGCUCCAGACAUGAGGCUCUUGGUCCCCAGUAUGAAGAAUUCCCAACCAUGGAGACGGACUCAGUGACGGGAUGCACUGGCAUGCAGAGACUUGGAGCAAAGCUGGGGUUUGUUUCAGGUCUGAUCCAGCGGGUGAAGGUGGAGGCGUUUGAGCGCAUGUUGUGGAGAGUUUGUAAAGGUUACACCAUCCUCAGCUAUGCAGAGCUGGAUGAGAACCUCGCUGAUCUGGACACGGGUGAGAUAAGCAAAAGCGUUGUGUUUCUGAUCUCUUUCUGGGGAGACCAGAUAGGACAGAAAGUCCAGAAAAUCUGUGAUUGUUACCACUGCCAUCUUUAUCCCCACCCUGAGAACGACGAGGAGCGGGCAGACGUGUUGGACAGCUUGAGGACACGCAUCCAAGACCUUAACAAUGUGCUGCACCGCACUGAGGACUACCUCAGGCAGGUUCUGCAGAAAGCCUCAGAGUCGGUCUUCACCUGGGUUGUUCAGGUGAAGAAGAUGAAGGCGAUCUACCACAUCCUGAACCUCUGCAGCUUCGAUGUCACAAACAAGUGUCUGAUCGCUGAGGUGUGGUGUCCCGUCAGUGAUCUGGCAAACCUGCGGGGGGCGCUAGAAGAAGGCUCGAGAAAAGGCGAUGCCACUGUCCCAUCCUUUGUAAACCGCAUCCCUAGUACUGACACUCCUCCAACCCUUUUAAGAACCAAUAAGUUCACAUCAGGCUUUCAGAGCAUCGUGGAGGCUUACGGAGUGGGGGACUAUCGCGAGGUAAGCCCAGCUCCCUACACCAUCAUUACGUUCCCUUUCCUGUUUGCUGUGAUGUUCGGCGACCUCGGGCACGGGACGGUAAUGAGUCUUUUCGCCUUGUGGAUGGUGCUGACGGAAAAGAAUCAGAAGAAGAAACGCUCCAGUAAUGAGAUAUGGGCGACUUUCUUCAACGGACGUUACAUCAUCCUGAUGAUGGGACUUUUCUCUAUAUACACCGGGCUGAUUUACAAUGACUGUUUCUCCAAAUCCUUUAAUAUAUUCGGUUCUGGCUGGAGUGUCAAGGCUAUGUUUGCAAAUCAGCAGUGGACAAACAAAACGCUUCAAUCAAACGCUCUACUCACAUUAGAUCCUAACAUCAGUGGAGUCUUCAGUGGACCCUACCCAUUUGGCAUUGACCCUAUUUGGAACCUGGCAGUGAACCGGCUCUCCUUCCUCAACUCCUAUAAGAUGAAGAUGUCGGUUAUAAUCGGGGUCAUCCACAUGAGCUUUGGAGUCGUGCUGAGUGUCUUCAAUCACUUGCACUUCCGACAGAAAUUCAAUGUUUAUCUGCUAUUUAUUCCUGAGCUGCUCUUCCUGCUCUGCCUCUUCGGCUACCUGGUUCUCAUGAUUGUCUACAAGUGGUUGGCAUUUGGUGCACAAGACUCCAGCCAAGCUCCCAGCAUCCUCAUUCACUUCAUUAACAUGUUUGUCAUGCAGGGAAAGGAUAUGACUCCUCUGUACCCAGGACAGACUGGACUGCAGAUUUUCUUGGUGUUGAUAGCUUUGCUGUCAGUUCCUGUGCUGCUGUUAGGAAAACCUCUUUACUUGUAUUGGCUGUACCGUGGAGGCAAAGGCCUGCGCAGACGCAGAGGUUAUGAGCGGGUGAGGCGUGUAAGUGAGGAUGACAAUUCAACACCAGCAUCUUAUGAAGAGGAUGAAGAGGAAGGUCUUGAUGAAGUGCCAAGCAGAGAAGCUCUACCCAAACAGUUCGACCUUGCAGAUGUGCUCCUUUACCAGGCCAUUCACACCAUAGAGUACUGCCUGGGCUGCAUCUCCAACACUGCAUCAUACCUGCGUCUCUGGGCGCUCAGCUUGGCUCAUGCUCAGCUGUCAGAGGUGUUGUGGUCCAUGGUGAUGCGUUUGGGUCUGAGAAUCACCACAAGGGUGGGGGUUGUAUUUCUGGUCCCUGUGUUCGGCCUCUUUGCCAUGCUUACUGUGUCCAUUCUGCUAGUAAUGGAAGGCCUGUCAGCGUUCCUCCAUGCUCUCCGUCUUCACUGGGUGGAGUUUCAGAACAAAUUCUACCACGGGACUGGUGUUAAGUUUGUGCCCUUCGACUUCUCCCUCCUGCCCUCUGUUUUCGAACAGGACGGCUUGCUUUAAAACAAGGACUCUGAGGUUGUGCAUAUGAUUGGAAGCAGACUUUACAAUUAGUGGGGAUGCUGUAAGCUGGAAGAAUUCACACUGUGAUAACGACAACAAACCUUCAAGACAGUGGAUUGAAACUCACUCUUGUAGCAACAUUUUUUCACCAGGACAAUUUUUAAAACGUGAUCGGCUGUGCUGACUGCCUUACUACUGUACCCAGCAAACCUCUGAAUAUACAGAGGCUCGAAAUUCUUCUUCAGUUAACUCUUUAAUUUUAUCAGUCUAAUAUCGCUCAGCACUACUUUAAUCACCAGUUGGGUGGAUUUAAACAAUUUAUUUGCACUGUGCUGUGUAAACUGGUUUCAUAUUAUUUAAACAUGGCAUUUAAAAUGAAAACUUAUACAGCGCAAUGUAAAGUUGAAAUACACACUAUUGUUUGAGGACCGUAUGGAGCACCCUGAUAUAGUGCCAUAGAGAUGUAUUUCUGAUGAUGAUAUGGGGAUGCCUCUGUGUGUUUUUAAACUGGGCCUUGAUGGGAUCAAAGUAAACCUGAAGGCUCCGAAUCCAUUGACAACUACAAUACAUUAUAGCCCCUUUUUGUGAGAAGUAAUGUCACAAAGCACUUUGCAGAAAUGAUUGUAUGAUAAAAAGUUUCACUAAUGACUGUGAUGAUGCCAAAUGAAAAUAAUCUUCAUCUGUUAGCCGUUUGCUUAUUUACUUAGUGCAUUUAUUUGAGCAUAACCUCCCCUGUAAUAAAUGGUAAAAUAUAAAAAAAAGUCAAGAAGCCUUAGGUCUUUCUUUGAUAAUACUGCUUGUUGCGUUUGUUAAUGAUAAUUAAUCAUGUUAUUUAUUUAAAUAUUUGUCUGUACAAGAGUCUAAUAUUUUACCAUUUUGAUGUGUUGAAUAAAGGUUUCAAGAAACGC